AUGCAGCAUUGUGACGGAGGGGGUUUCUCCUCUCUGUGGUCCAAAGAGAUGUCUGUGCUUGUGGUGUGCGACUUGACUGGCGCACUGGGCAGCUCGGUGGAUCAGCGGUUAGCGCCUCCUCUCCACACCACAGACUCCUCAGCCCACAGGUGGUUCUUCGGGAAGAUCCCCCGCGCCAAAGCAGAGGAGAUGCUAAACAAACAGAGGCACGACGGGGCCUUCCUCAUCAGAGAGAGCGAGAGUGCACCAGGAGACUUCUCCCUCUCCGUCAAGUUUGGAAACGACGUCCAGCACUUCAAGGUUCUACGCGACGGGGCGGGAAAGUAUUUCCUCUGGGUGGUGAAGUUUAACUCCCUCAACGAGCUGGUGGACUACCACCGCUCCACCUCAGUCUCUCGCAAUCAACAGAUCUUCCUGCGAGACAUAGAGCAGGUCCCACAGCAUCCCACAUAUGUGCAGGCGCUCUUUGACUUCGACCCCCAGGAGGAAGGAGAGCUGGGCUUCCGACGCGGCGACUUCAUCCAGGUCCUCGACAACUCCGACCCCAACUGGUGGAAAGGGGGCUGCCACGGCCUGACGGGCAUGUUCCCCCGCAACUACGUCACGCCUGUCAACCGGAACAUGUAAACAGAGGGACCGUGUCCACGACAACAACCACCACCACCACAGCAGCAACCAUCACCACCAUCAUCAUUGUUCUUGAUCUCAUCAGACCCAACAAACCCCCCCCUCCCCCUCCCUCCACCCAUCCAACUCCCAACCACCCCUCCACCCCACUUUGCCAUCCCACCAUAACAGGAGCAAACAGCUGAGAGGGAGAGGGAGGGAUAAAGCAGGAGUAGUGCUGUCGUAGGCGUCGCUGUGCGGGCGGCAGCUGAGCAGAAAUCCACUUUUACUCGCGCUGAGAAGCGUUCACCUGCCCAGCGAAUGCCCUGGCGAAGGACCGGGCGGUCUUUGAGGGAAAAUCUAAACUAAAACGAGUAGCGCACCGACCUGUGAAGAUAACCAAAAUGAUUCUCCCACAGCUGCUUCUGUCUUCUCCUUAACUUCUUAACAUUCUGUCCCCCUUCUUUUGUGUUUUUUUUCUUUGCCGCAUGUUGUUUUAAUCACAUAAAUGAAAUGCCUACCGAUGAAUCCUAACUCUGUUUUAAAGAAAAAAAAAUGUACAAAAUAAAGAAGAAAAAAAAAAGAAGAAAUGGUUUUAAAAAAUGUACAAAAAAAGAAGAGAGGAAAAAAAAAAAAAGAUGCAAUCUACAGUACUGCAAGUUUCCAUUGUGUGAGAUCAUUGGCACGAGAGCAUUGUACAUCAGCCCCCGGCUGUAUAAAUAAAUCAACUAUAGAGAGAAUCCAUUUUUUAAGAAUAUAUAUUAUAUAUUUGUAUGUGUGUGUUUGUUUUACCUCUCAUCACAAAUCUUUUUUUUUUUUUUUUUUUUUCCCUCUUCUCCCCCCUUUCCUUCUUCCAUUUGUAAAUUAUGUUCAGUCUUUUGUUAGUCUGAUAAGACAUAGUAGCUCUAGGAUGUGCUGAAUUGUCCUUUUUCUUUUGUUUUGUUCCUGAAUCUAUCUGAGGGCUCUCGGAUAACAAAUCAUAUUUCAGCGGUCGUAAAAUAUUCCAUUCGAAGAUGUUUUUCUCUUGUCUGCAAAGCGAGGAAAGUAAAGAGAGUUCUCUUGAGAAAGACGACUAAACCCUGUCAGGAAGCUGAUGUUGACCAGCUGUUGCAUCACAAAGCCCAUCCCCCCCCUCCCCCCGUGUAAGAGGUCAGCCACCUUUUCUUUCAAAGCCAAUGUAUUUAUUGCAGCCAUUUUACCUGGGCAGUGAAUGUAGCUGACUGGAGUCCACAGACAUUAACAUGAGGGAAGCAAGGUCGGAGAACUGAACUACGACACAGAAACCGUGCAAGGGAUUUUAAAAAAGAGGCGGUGACGCUGUCCAUGUUCAUUCAGGAGAGUGAUGCGUUUUUUGGGGGGGGGGGGGGGGGUGUGUGGGUGUGUGUGUGUGUGUGUGUGUGUGCGCGCUGGUAGUCCACACGCAUAUUCACAAAGCAUCCGCCGUGCAUGCUACACACACACACACACACACACACACACACACACGAAAGAGAACGCUCUCCUCGCUACACCUGCACGUAGCAGAGAGGCCGAGUUGGGAUAAUCACAUUGUGUGUGUGUGUGUGUGUGAAGUCACCAGUGCAGAUCCGCAGCAGUUCACAAAACUGAGAUUGUCUUCUAUGCUAAAAGUUGAGAGAUCAGCUUUAAUGAUGUUUUUUUUGUUUUGUUUCGUUUCCCUUCUGUCCAAUGUGGCGUGUGGUCAAGCACUUUUUUGUUAAGCAUUUUGAUUUCUGGUCCCGUGUCUGUGUUUACCGUGUUUGUGUUGCUGUCUUCUUGUUCUCUCUGGAUAGUGCCUUUCUCUCUGGUGUUUCAGUGUCUCCGACCUGCUACUUUGAGCCCCCCCCUCCCUCCUGCCAGUCCUGCAGUGAGGAACAGUGUAUAUAAUCCAACCUGUCCCAUCCAACAAGGCCUCUCUCCCCCCCCCCCGCUCCCCUUCUACAUCAACCCGCCGUCACCUUUUAUCCUCACCAACAUGGAACUCUUCUUAUUUAAGUGUCUCUCGCCUUGUCUUACCUAAUGAUACUGUUUUUGCUCUUUUUAUUUGCAUUUGUUUUUUUUUGUUUUUUUUUCAAUUAAUAAAAUGCAAUUAUUAAAAAACGAGAAUCAUUUCUUGUGGUCUCUGAUACAGAUUUAUAUUCCUCAUGGACCGGAGUAUGGAACCUGGACGUCAUAUCAUGAGAAACUUCCUCGAAAUAAUGACAGGAUAUAUUCAGAAACUACAAUUUUGAGAUAGCAGUAGGGAGUGGUAUCAGUACUUGAUGGUACUAGAAGAUAACGACCGAAAUAACCCAGUACCAAGAAGUAUGGAAACUUCUCCAGUGAAGCUAUGAGUGGUAACUAACUUUUACUCUGCAGCCUCGGUGGCCACGAGCAUUAGUUUUAGGAUAAUGGCAACAUUUUCUACACUUCUGGAGAUGUAUGUUUAGUCUUUUUUUCAUUUUACUGUUGGAAUAAAAACGUUAAUGUUUCUGUAUGUGAAAAACAAAUGGUAAGGAGUCACAAUGUCAGCGAACACUCAAGUCUGUUAACUUCAUUUAUAAAAGGGAAAAUUGGUCAUUUCUUCUUUAUAGUGUAUAUCUUUAAUAUAUAUGUUAUUGAAGAGUUUCUAAACCUUUAGAUUCAUUAAUGCAUCAAUGAACACCUUGUAGGUAGCAUGUGGUCUCCAUACAUGUCAAUGCAGUGUGAUGGCAAUUGAGUAAUGCGAGAUGCAUUGUUUGAUUAUCAUGCAAACUUUGAUUGUUUUUCUGGCAAUUUUGUGACUUUUUUGUGACAUCCUAACCUCGAUCUUGCCCAUCCAGACAAAGUGAUAUGAUAUUGCCUGUGUUAUGUUUGUGUUGCAUCAAAUCAUCCACACACACUCAUAUAAUCUAACAGCUUCACUCUACGGCCAAGAAGUGGAUUCUUCCAGACAUCCGCAGCAGUGGCGGUGAGUCAGACAGAAGCUCGAGCUCAAACACGAGGUCACAUUUCAUGAUGAAACUCAUCCAAAGUGUCAGUCUCCGUCUCCCGGGGUGCAGAUGAUGCGCGUGUGUGAUCUGAUGAAGCAGUGAGGAGGAAGCUGAUGAUGUCAUUUCUUGGAGAGAUAAACUAGCCCGAGGAGCAACACUGCUGCUGCUGCUCAGUGAGAUCUUUACCGUCGCGUUUACACUGUCUGACGUACCGUCUGCUCCACAUUUGGACUCGGCUCUCCGCGUGCUGAUGUCGCGCUCCUCUUCAAUCUGACUCCUCUCUGCUUUCUCUUUUUUUUUGUCACCGACUGCCUGGAGCAUCUAUCGGCGUGGCUGUCCUCUUUCUGGCCCUCUCAUGUGGAAUGGAUUCGGAGUUGUGAGAGAUGUCACGCUGCUCCAGCGCUUCUGUUCAUCUUCACGGGAUGUAAUGUGACCUCUGCGGUCGUCCGUUGACUUCUGGCGUCAAGUCUUCUGAUGUGCACUGUGUGUGUAAAACUAUGAUACCUCUCAUAAUAAUGACACGCUUUUCUAACUGCGGUGGCUGUUUUUGUGGGUGCUUUCGCACAUUCCGCACAUUAGAUGUGCAAUCUAUAAUUGAAAAGUUGCAGUCAGAGGCCUGUAGACUUUCUGCCUCCAGAGUUAUCUAUAUUCAUCAUGAGGCCGGUGCACGCUGCCAUGUUCAGACAUUUAUGGUACAUUACUGCCGCCUACUGGCUGAUCUCCACACUACCUGUUGUCAACUUAAUUGUCUGAAUUUUCAUUUAUAAUAAAUAACCAGAGGAACGUGC